AUGUUAACUCACCUACAACUACCCACCCUCACAAACGAAGGCAGCGAUUACGAUCUCGAACCCCACCUCGCAGUCCUGCACGAUCUCUUCGCAGGCAAAAUUCACUCCCCAGCAGCCGCCGCCAAACUAGCAUCUGCCGCCUUAGCACUCGACGCCUCCCUCGAGGCCCAACUGGGCCAACCCUGGCAUCUGUUGCUUAAGAUUGCAUGCAAGAACCCAGAACACCAGGAUAAACUCGUUGAUAUUCUCGUGGAUAUGUCCCAUCUCCCGGACGUUACAAGGCCCGGUGACCAUGGACAAGAUGAGCCGUUGAUUGUCCACAGGAAGCAAGUGUGGAAGGACCUGCCGAUGCUGGACUGGGAGAUUCGGCGUCACUGGGAUUACUCGAUUCCGGCCCCAGGCACCAAGCAACCGGAGGAGAGAGAAGCCGCAAUUUCAAGGACGGUGAAUGUGAAUCGCUUUCUCGCCCUUCUCGUCGCAACCGAGGAGCCUAUUUUCGAGUGGGGUUCGUUGUUUGCACUCGCCACGCUCCGGAUUGCGCUUGAAACGCCAUGGAAACAUAUGGCGCCGGAGGAUCCCUUGGCGGCAUGGAUUCCUGCUGCGGCAGCGUGGAUUGAGGUUCUAGGUGCGGAGAUCUAUGAAUGGGAUGAGGAAUAUGAGUCCGGGCGCCUGAUUGGUGCUCCAGGUAGUGGAGGGCCGUUGUGGAAAGGGAAGCACGGCCUUUGUAAGGAGAGGUGGAAGCUUUGGAGGGAUAGAUUUGGCGAGGCUGCAAGGAAGGAAGAUGAAUCUGAGCAUGUCAGGAGGGUUGCAGGGGAGGCGGAGCUGAUGAUGAAAGAGAUUGAAACUGGGCAUGUGGAGUAG